AUCACUCGCUCGAGACCUCCAUACUCCCAGUACAGUAAUAGCGACCACACUCAGUCUUGAAGAGGCAGGCAGGAAUUCCGUUCCGCCUCUGUAUUUGACGGGAUGUAUCAUACUCAAAAUCUGAAGUAUUGACGACUCUGAGUAUUAUUCCUGUAAAGAUUGAAGAAGCAACACUGUAAUUUAUUAUAACAAUGAUGAUGCUACAACACAUGCAUCUGUUUACAUUCCUGGCUUCCACCAUGGCCCAGCGCAUUGGUAUAAAGAUAUUGAUUGACAAUGGAGUCUAUGACUUUGUGCUUUUGAAUUUGAUCAUUUUCUUUGGCAUGCUUUUGGCAUCUCUGACCUUCAAAGAAGCACGAGCUGUACUCUGGGAGUGCCUCAAGAACCCUCAACCGUUGGUCGGCAACGCCCGAAUGCAUCCUGCUGCGUGUUUUCUGGUGAUUUCGGAAACGAUUGGAGGUGUCUUGCUCGUUGUCACACUGUAUUAUCUCUCUGUGAGUGCUCAGUCAAUCUUUUCCAGAGGAACGGAACUGGUGGGUGUCGUCAUGUUAGAGCACAUUCUGGCCACCAACUUGCGCCAUCAACUUGCCUUGCAUCACAUGGUGACUGUCGUGAUGGUGCUCCUGCUCGGAUCCUUCUUCCUUCCUCUUGUGGCCAAUAGAUCGGAUCUCUCUACAAACUUUUCGGCAGUUGGCAUUGUCUUGGUCAUGAUCCGCUCCCUCCUCAUGGCACUGCAAACCGUUUGUGAGCACAUUUCACUUCAUAACUAUGCCUUUCCUCCCGGUGUCAUUCUGCUGAUUGAAGCUGCUGGGGGCAUGGCUUUGACACUGACAUUGGUUUUGCCCUUGUCAAUACUUUGGGAUCCUUCGGGCACACUCACAGCUAUCACAGAUUCCUUGCGUGUCAUUGCUGAGGAGUACUGGCUCUUGGGCAUCGCUUGCUCCAUGAUUUUCAUCUGCGGGUAUUCCAACUGGGCUCGCUUAAAUGUCAUAGAUCGAUUGUCAGCAUUUGCCUCUGCAUUGGUAUCGGCACUCCUUCCGGGUUGUGUGUUUGUAGUGAGUCUUGUCCUAUACUAUAGUUUUGGAGUAGGGGCUCAUGGUGCUGUCGUCAUCGGAGAACCAUUUGACCUCUACCCGUCUCUAUGGAUGAUUGGGUGCUUCUCGGUAACACUUUUAGGGAAUGUGCUGUAUUACGUUUGGAUGCCACGAAUGUCCCAAUUGUACUUGGAAGGAUUGAAGAGAGUUUCUUUGGGUGACGAGGACAGGGAGUUGUCCAACCGUCUUGACAAGAUUUGUGCCAGUGGGAAACAGUACCAGCGCAGUGCCAUCGGUUGCUACGCUCUGGAUGAGAGUGACUAUGACCCCCAUGGACCCGUCUUUCCACUCUUCCGGUAUGUGGUGGAGCAGUACCACGAAACCUCACUGGAAGAGUCCACAGACGUGGAAUCUCCAUUUGAUCCAAAGCGCCAUCACCUGCCUACCCGGGAAGAAUGUGGCAAGUUGUUUCCGGGACAAGAUGUUGAAGAUUGGAGUCAUGUGGUUUCCUUACGAGUCCGUGUUGCCAGGAACAUUUCUGGCUUUGCGUUUGUACCAUCUAUAGACUCUUCCACACGGAGAGCAAUUGCCACGAAGGUUCGCAAGGCUCUCACCGUGGACACUGGUUGGGUCUUUGAAGACUAUGCUGAUCGUUGCGAUCUUUGGCCUGUCCGGGAGUUCCGUGUCAUGCGUGCUGCUGGUAUCCUAGAGGAUUGGCCAACAGACCGUUUUGUGGCCACCAAGAUGUACAACAAGAAUGUUGUGGUAACAGUCUUGGUCAAUGAAGAAGACCAUCUCCGCAUCGUAGUUACAGUGAACGACCCAACUUCAUUGGAAGAUGUUUCUUCCGCCAUUGCAGCCCUCUCCAAAACUGAAGAAAUGCUGCAAGAAAACCUGGGACUUUCAUACAGUCACAACCCAGUCUUUGGUUUCUUGGCGUCCUGCCCUACGAAUGUGGGCACUGGAUUCAAGAUUAGCAUCCGCACCUAUGGAAAGCAAAUCAAUCAAGCAUCCGAGGUUCGCCUCAACAAGACAGUCCAGGAGAUUGUGUGCGAGCACCUUUCCAUUGCCAGGGAGUCCAGUUUGGUUGGUAAAGAUGGCUCGUCCGAGCCUCUUUAUUCUCCUGGUUUGGAUUACACAGAGGAUACGACGGAUUCCGGGACAAACUCCAAUGGACAACAAAAAGAAUUUGAUGGCGUCUCAUUUUUUCCUCUGUCAAAACUAGCUGGCUAGGUAGUUGCUUCCUUGAAUUUGGUUUGAUUCUCGAGCCCAGUGCAGCUAUCCGAGCGAGCCAUCAUUGCCAUUGGCGUCAAAUCUAAAAAAUAUGGAUUCCGGCGAUUUUUGUAUUGGCUGGAAGCUAGCUAGAGCCUUUUAGCUAGCCAGCUUUGGAUGAAGACUAGAGCACUGGAGUACCCAUCCCAAGGCUUCGGCUGCAGCGCAGGAGCGCUCGUCCACUGGCACCAUACCGUAUCCGCUGUAAGAUAUUUUUGUUUCCUUGGAGCACCCAUCCCAAAGCGUCAAAGGAAAAUUUCGUUUUCAGCAGUCGGACCAGUCCACACAGCAAGCAAGUACCGGUAGAUCAUUGUCGCUUGUUGUUUCUGUACGGUAGUAGCAGUACAUGUAGUAGCAGCUUUGUUAAAAUAAUUGUGCAGUAGCAGAGAUAAGACGGGAGAUCGUUGGAAGGGUGCAGAUGAGCUUCAAUAAAGAUACUAACGAAUCCAGGAAUAGCUCCUCCCCCUUCAAGAAGCAUCUUUCCUCCGGCUCA